AUUCCCUGCCGCAGUCUCUGAGGUUGGAUGUAUGUCAACAACGUAGGAGGCUGCACCGACCCAUCCCAGGGAUUACCAAGUACCAACACUUCAGGAUGACUUGAGAUACACCAAGUGUGGUAUUUGUACGGGACUUCCCAAGCAGUAAUGAAGGGAGAUUUACAAUGGUUGCAGCAAGUAACAAUUUAAAACUAUUAUCCCACCACAAGGACUCACCCUUGAGUGAAGUAGUAGAUGUCUUCAUUAUCAGAUCCAGUAACACUGUCAUAAAGUAUCAUUUCAAAAUAUAGUUUUUUUGUCCAAAAGCUGCUGAACCAAGGUCCUAAACGAAAAAAGAUUGAAAGUGAAAAAGUGACUGAUUUAAGGAUUUAAUGCAUUACAAGCACUGAUUCAAGCGUUUCAGAUUUUCACAAGUCCCAAGGCUUUACUGUGCUGUGAAUGAAUCACUGAAAAAAAGAUGAUACUGUUUGUGUAAUCAUUGGGCCACCUGAAAUAAUGACAAAAUGUUGUCCUUGUAUCUAAAACCCGCACAAACAUUCCAUUCCUUGUUAUCUUCCUAUACUUUCAGUUCACCAUGGCAUCAACGACGCCUGGUAAAGAUACAACGUUGGACAAGGCUGAAGAAUACCACACCGAAAUAGCAGUACUUAUGUCGCCUGUCAUUAUCAUCCUGGGGAUUCUGAUGCUGGUUGGACUCUUCGGAAACAUCCUGGUGAUAUAUAUCUAUGCUGUCAGGAUGAAGAGAAGUACCACGCACCUGUUCAUCAUCGCCUUGGCUGUUGCUGACACUGUUGUGUGCACUGUGUGUAUUCCAGUAGAAAUCGUUGUAGUCCGCUAUCUCUACUCCUUCGACGUCCCAUGGCUCUGCAGGGCGUUUCGUACGAUUGUCCUGACCUGUGUGUUGAGUUCAAUAUCUGUUCUUGUAUGCAUAGCCGUGGACAGAUACAAACGGGUAUGUACUCCUUUCAAGUCUCAGAUAUCUUUGAAAACGGCGAAAAUUGCAGUUGGUAUUGGAUGUAUUAUUGCUCUGAUUCUUGCGUCACCCUCCAUGGUUAUUCUAGGCACGAGGACUGUAAACAGAACAGUGGUCGGCUACGCAUGCACCACGGAUGACAGCAUGGUAAUGACUCCGUUUCCAGGGCUGUUUAAUGGGAUGCAACUUCUCAUAGCCGUGCUUUCUAUUUCCACUGUUACUUCCCUCUAUGCCUUGAUUCUGAAGAGAAUCCGAGCACAGAAGAGGUACAGAGAAGGAAUGAGUCCUAAACAUUUUGAUGGCAAGGUAUGUCCAACCGACUCUAAUGAUGCGCCAAACGUGACUGACACGUCAAUCACGUCAACACAAGACACCGCAGUGCAAUCACCACAGGGUAACAUGCCAACGAGUGAGGACACUGUGACAUCAUCACGCGACAUCACGGUGACAUUAUCACAGAGUGGGGUACCGUCGGGUGUCGAUACGAUCACGUCAAACGACAAGACGACAUCCCCAAUCAACAAAAAUCCAAGACAAGAAGCAAAAGUAAACUCUGCUCUGAAGAAGGGGACGCACAAGACCACGUUUAUGAUGUUUAUCAUCACAGCUGUGUUCAUUCUGAGCUUUGUACCCCAUCUGGCUUUGAUGGCGACAAGAGCCGUGCAGAAGCACACGUACGAUCAUCUGGAAGGAGCACCACUGGCUCUGUAUAGCCUUUUCCUUAGGACAAUCUAUAUAAAUUCAGUAUCCAAUCCCAUCAUAUAUGGUUUCAUGAGUGACACAUUCCGAUCACAGGCAAAGAUUGUAUUUAAACGGAUGUGUUUUAAGAAGUAGAGCAAGUACGAGCGAAAUAUUCGUUCGGCCAAACUAUAUUGUACACAUUCUACGUUAUAAGUUUAUAUUUAGUCUUUAUAUACAUGUAUGUAUGAUAUUAACAGAUUAACUUAUCGUGACAUGUUGUAACUGAGUAUAUUGACCUACUGGUGAUCCACAACCAGGUGAUGUUGAAACGGGAUACAUUGACAUACAAAAAGACCCCUGCCCAUGUACAAUGACGUACUAAUGCCGUCAUGCCACGUCAUGCUCUACCCGGGGCACAUUGACCUACUACCGUCGUCGUGCCUACGUGAUGCUGUAACUGGAUACAAUGAUGUACUGGUGGCCUCAUGGUCAUGUCAUAUUGUAAAAG